AUGCUGAAGAUCAAAAUAUGCUCAUCUCCCUUGGGACUUGGGAACAUCUUAUCCCUCCCUCUGCUUAUCUCAGAGACAAUGAUGCUGGUGGGCAUUUGCUUCAUGGUACUGCUGCAACAAGCAGCCAGCAUGUCAAAUACUUCAGUUUUCUCUUUUUUGACUCAACAUCCAUCAGUCCAAAUGGAGAUUAUUAAUAAGCACAAUGACCUUAGAAGGAUGGCAAGUCCCAGUGCCAGGAACAUGCUUAAAAUGACAUGGAAUGACGUAGUUGCAAGGAAUGCUGCAAACUGGGCAAGCAAGUGUACCUUGUCUCACAGUCCUGCAUCUGAACGACGAAUCAGCUCCAUUGGUUGUGGAGAGAAUUUAUACAUGUCCAGUAGUCCCAGAUCAUGGUCAGAAGCAAUCCAAUCUCUUUAUGAUGAAGUUAAAGAUUUCAAAUAUGGAUAUGGAAGUACGCGAGUAAAUGCUGCAACUGGCCAUUACACCCAGCUCGUUUGGGCCACUUCCCACCAACUUGGCUGUGCAUUAGCCCAUUGUCCUCACAGCCGCUUUCAGUAUUACUAUGUUUGCCAGUAUUGCCCUGCCGGGAACGUGUUUAAUACCAUCAGGACCCCAUACAAAAUAGGGAGACCAUGUCAAGACUGCCCUCAUCAUUGUGAUAAUGGGCUUUGCACCAAUCCCUGCAUGAAGGUGGAUAAGAUAACGAAUUGUGAAUAUUUGGUCAGACAAGUAGGGUGUGAUCACACACUCACAAAAGCAAAAUGCCAGGCCACCUGUGAAUGCCCUUCUUCAAUUAAAUAAAACACAUUUUAAGGCUGAUUCUUCAUCUCAAGAGCAAAGUGACUCCACUUAAAAACUACUGUAAAAAUGCCAUUGUCUUUUUCUAAAUGAUCAAAUAAAUUUUGAAAAAAAAA